AUGAAAAAAUUAAUCUUGCCAUACGCAUUUAGAGGAAUAGCAUUUGAUCACUUGUAGUUAUAUUAUCCUGGUAGGUUAGUAGAUAGACCAAAGGCUAUAUAAUACUUGGGUGAAGGCACUCAUACUUAGUUUUCUAGAGUUUAUUCAGACGUUUUAUAAGCAAUUGCAGAAGAUGAUAGAGAAUAUCUUGAAUCUAUCAUGGAAAAAAGAUUAUAUAAAAGAACUAUCGAAGGAAUAGAAUAAAUUUAAAAGAAAAAUAUGAAAAUUAACUAUUUAGAAGAUUCUCGUGCUAACUUUGAAGAAAUUUUUGAUAAAGAUGAAGAUGGAGAAGAUCUUAACAUUAAAAACUAAUAGGUUUCUUAGUUUGUUUAAAAUUAAAUUAUAAAUGCAACUCAAUACAAAGAAAUAGAUAUGAAAAUUAUGCUUGAAGCUCAUGGCGUUUUUGGCGCUCGUAUUAAUAGAGAAGAGAAUGUGGGAAAAGUAAUGGAAUUAAGAGGAAGAUUAUCUUCAAGAUCCUACUUUGUCAACUUUUCUAAUUUAAUGAAUCUCUAUCACAAUUAGAUUUUAUCAUUAAAUGUUUACUUCUAAACAACUAGAAGACUUUAUGUAACUGAUGAAGAUGGUGAUCUCAUCCAUGGUGAAGAUACUUUGAAUAAAGAAAUAAGUCAUGUAUGGAGAUUUGAAACAUACACUCCUAAUUUCGAUUGGGUUUUAACUGACAUGGAUACAUUUUUAGAAGGAAAUCCUUAUUAUAGAUAGCCACCUAACAAAGGACAAAACGAAGAAUAAACUAAUUCAAAUUGA